AUGGCACUUACAUUAGAUGAUAUCGAUCGAAAUCCAGAAUUGGUUAGUAGUUUUGAUUAUUUUGAAGGAAUGUUGAUUCAUUUUCGUCCAUUAUUACCGAAUGAUGAAUUGAAAUUAGCUGAAUUUUUAGAAAACUUAAGUCCACAAACACGUGAGUUCUCAACUUAUAAUAGUUAUGACCUUGAUGAAGCUCGUGAAUUAUGUUUUGCAAUAAAUCGAUAUGAUAAAUUACGUCUUGUUGGUUUAAUUAAUAAUGAAAUAAUUAUUGCUUUAUUCGAAUUUAGUUUAUCUAUUGUUGAAGAUGAAUAUGAACGUUUUGCAAAAAAAUAUAAUAUUAUAUUAAAUGAAAUAACUGAUGCAAGAUUUGGUCCAUGUAUUAGUGAUCAAUAUCAAAAUCGUCAUUUAGGUUGUUGGUUAUUUGAAAAAAUAAAAAAAAUUGCACGACAAAUGGGUAGAGAACGUUUAAUUCUAUGGGGUGGUGUUUUGUCUCAUAAUAAACGUGCUAUUAGAUUUUAUGAAAAGGUUGGAUUUAAAAUUUUUUCAGAUGUUUUUUUGAAUGAAAAUCAAUGUGAAUGUUUAGAUGGAAUUUGCAAUUUAUUAGAAUGA